AUGCCCGGUGGCGGCGGCCGGGCCCUGCUGGCCUUGGGGCUGCUGGCGCUGGGCUGCGCCGCCGCCCGCGCCCCGCUGCCACCCGGCGCCAACGACUUCCCUGACGGCGCCGCCGAGCGGCGGCGGCACCAGCCGCAAGGCGCGGCCGCUGGCUGCCCCCGCGACUGCGGCUGCAGCCAGGAGGGCGUCGUGGACUGCGGCGGCAUCGACCUCAAGGAGUUCCCGUUGCGCCUGCCCGAGCUCACCAACCACCUGUCGCUGCAGAAUAACCAGAUAGAAGAAAUCUUUCCAGAGGAGCUUGCUCGUCUUCACAGACUAGAAACUCUCAAUCUGCAAAACAACAGGCUUACUUCAAAAGGACUGCCUGAAGAAGCAUUUGAACAUCUGGAGAACCUGAAUUACCUGUACCUGGCAAACAAUAAGCUUACAGUGGCUCCGAAAUUCCUACCACACACCUUGAUCAGUGCAGAUUUUGCGGCCAAUUAUCUCACUAAGAUAUAUGGGCUCACGUUUGGACAGAAGCCAAACUUGAGAUCAGUGUAUCUUCAUAACAACAAACUUUCAGAUGCUGGAUUACCUGAUAAUAUGUUCAAUGGCUCUGAUAAUGUAGAGAUACUCAUCAUGUCCAGCAAUUUCCUGAAAUAUGUUCCAAAGAAUCUCCCUCCAGCACUCUAUAAAUUACACUUAAAGAACAACAAGCUAGAGAAGAUUCCCAAAGGAGCCUUCAGUGAUCUUACCGGUCUGCGGGAGCUCUAUCUGCAGAAUAACUACUUAUCUAAUGAAGGAAUGGACAAUGAGACUUUCUGGAAACUGUCUAGUCUCGAAUAUUUGGAUUUGUCCAGCAAUAACCUCUCACAAAUCCCAAGUGGUUUACCUCGAAACAUCGUGCUCCUCCACCUGGAGAAGAAUGCAAUUAAGGUGAUUGGCAGAGAUGUCUUGACCCAAAUUAAGAACCUUGAGUAUCUUCUACUCCACAAUAACAAGUUAAAAGCCCGAGGGAUUCACCCGUUAGCCUUCCAGGGCUUAAAAAAGCUGCACACUGUGCACCUGUACAACAACAUGCUGGAAAGGAUUCCCAGUGGGCUGCCCCGGCGAGUGAAAACACUUAUGAUCCUYCAUAACCAGAUCUCGGAGAUCAGCAGGAAUGACUUUGCUACCACUUACUUCCUCGAAGAGCUGAACCUGAGCUACAAUAAGCUCAAAAGUGCCCAGAUCCACCGGGAGGCCUUCCGUAAACUGAGGCAACUAAAAUCCUUGGAUCUUUCUGGGAACAAUCUCAACACAGUGCCCUUUGGCUUCCCCAAGAACCUGCAGGUCCUGAAGCUGAAGGAGAACGAGAUAAGCACCAUCCCCAAAGGGACUUUGUCUGGGAUGACAAAGCUGCGGGAACUCUAUCUCAGCAACAAUAAACUGAAAGUAAAUUCCAUUUAUUCAAGAGCAUGGAGAGAGCUCAGCAGUCUCCAGUCGCUGGACAUGGCUGGCAAUCAGCUCAUGUCAAUCCCGUCRGGCCUGCCGGAAUCACUGGAAUAUCUGUAUCUGCAGAACAACAAGAUCACCACAGUGCCAGAGAGUGCCUUUGAAUCCACACCCAACAUAAAAGGGAUUUACCUCAGGUUCAAUAAGAUUGCAGUUGGAGCACUAAAGGAAAGUCUCUUCCAAAGCCUAAAGCACUUACAGGUAUUGGAUGUUGAAGGGAACUUGGAACUCAGCAAUACUUCGAACAAUAAGGAUGAUUCAGAAGAGGAAAUGGAAGAGGAGGAAGAGGAAGAAGAACUGAGAUAAAAUGUGAACUCACACAAGCCCACCGCGUGGAAGAUAUACAGAGAACACUUAGCCAAACGUGCAGUGAAUGGCACAGGCGGCCGUGGCGCUCUCCCGGGCUCGUGGAAGGCAGCAUGUUAYAAUCCAUGUGCGGGAGAGACCCCAAAUGCCUUUCCAAAGCUUCCAGAUCAUCUUACUCAAGACCCAGGAUCAUAAGGGAUUGCCCGGGAACUCACAAAAGCUGGCUUUUGUUGCUCCUCUUUCUCUUCCUUCACURUUACCAUCUGUAAUAACAAUAUGGGGCUGUUUUGACCACAUGCCUUCGAAUGCUGUCUGUGUCACUCCAUUUAAAGCGAGCCGUGUAUGUGCUGCUCUUCCCUCUGCCAGUCCCAGGAAGCUGUUGUUGAUGGGGCCAGAUGGAUCUUUGYGGUAGUUCCAUGUGUAUGAAGCAAGCAGCAGUAACAACUGCCACUGUGGAUGAAUCCAUUCCUCUGGUAGAACAAUGUGUAUAUUUGGAUGAGAAAAACAAAGUAAGGCUGGAUCCCAUAAUAUUUUAUUCUUACUGCCAAAGCUUGCAGUAUAUGUCUAUUUUAGAAAGGCUUUAAGAUAAAACACUUGUGGAUAUAUAAAGAGCUGUAUGUCUGCCUUCCAGAGCUGUGGUAAAGUUUCCGUCUCAUUGUUGUUUGUCCGUCUGAUGGCGUAGGAGUAUCUCAAAAUAUGUCCAGAAGACCGAGUAUGCAGUAUAAUAUAUUAAUAUAUGCAGUAGAAUUUUUCACAUAUUGUGUAUCAUCCAUGUUAAGAGUCAGAAAUGAAAAAAUGAAGCCAAAGAGGUGGAGAGCGGGCCAGGGUCUCCAGAGCAGGUUGUUAUUAAGCAGG